ACUCUAUAUCGAAGUAGUGCCUUUGAUUUGCACAUGUCCAGUUCAGCGCGAAACGAUCAAUUGACCAGAUGACAUAUUUCUGAGUUUAGCUAGCCAAACGUCACCACGACAUUACCUGCAAGCAUGAUCUGACAUUUCUAUUGGAGAAGCAGUUUCUUCCGAUCUUCAUACUUGCAGGCGUACUGUCUUUGACUUUUGUCUAAACCCCCUCUCGUUGGCUAGAAUGGUCCCACCUGAUCUUGCCUCCUCCCACCUGCCUUCCAUCUUUGAGGACAUGUAUUUCCAUUGUUAAAGCGGUCACUCGACUAUCUUAUCAAUAUAAUAGAACAUCUUUGCUGUGGAUCAGGCGCUGUCAGGUGCAAAGCUGCUAAUGACACUGCCGCAGCUCCGUUAAAAGUACAGAAUGUGCCACGAACGAAGAACAAGAGCUGCUUUCUGAUUCUCUCCGAGGAGAGAGAGAUCAACCAUGGCCAGCUGGCGGAGAGAGAGCCCGCGGAUCCGGGUAGGACAGGGAGGUAGCAGCCUGAGAGCAGCGAGGAAGCCCCGGCAGAAAGAUCCAUCCAGCGAGGGGCUUUUGGCUGACAGCGACCCCAAACUGUUCGGCUUUUCCUCCCCGUACCUCUGCAUCAUGCACUCGCUGACCCAUUUCUUGCUGGAAAAAAUAUAUUCGCAAAAGAAGUGCUUUCAAGGACGCCCAGUAGUUUUUCACCUUGUUUUCUAUCCCUCUGUGUACAUCGGGUUGCAGAUCCUGAUUGGGAAUAUUAACACGCUGACCGAGCACGUUAGAAUAGUCUCUGCCACUCAUCUCGUAGUUCACUACCUACUGGCCCUGUACUUCACCCAAGUUUUCCACAAGGGGCUUGCGCGGCUGCGCUACCAUUGCCCCGGGAAACGGACCAUGUCUACCCCGGCAGAGCGCACCCUGGAGUCGCUGCCUAAUAACGGUCUGCCCGAUGUUGUACGAUUCCUCUUCUUUGGAAUGCACGGCUUUCUGGACGAGAUCAUUUUUACCUCGAUAUUCAACCUUGUGGAGAAUUUGGACCGGACCAUGAGCGGCCACACGUCCCUGUGGUCCUUCCUGAUGUACGGGAGCUGCAGCUUCGUGGUAGAGAAACUCUACCUUCAUUUACGCUUCAGACGAGGUUGGAGCACCUGGAGGCGGCUCCCCAUCUAUAUCUGCUUCAUCUACACCUGGGAGUUCUGUUGGGGGCUGGCGCUGCGGCAGUACGGCGCAUGCUCAUGGGAUUAUUCCCACUAUCCAUUCAACUUCAUGGGCCUGAUCACGCUCCUCUACCUGCCCGGAUGGGUCUGCAUCAGUCUCUACCAGGAUAUUCUGUCCAACGUUCUGCUGCGCGUGGUGGUGUGUGCCAAAGACGAGGAGUGAGGGCACUCAGGGCAGGGCGCUGACAUCAACGUAUGUCCUGUGUCCAGGAAAGACAAGUGUAUUAUAGGCCUAGGCCACAAUUGAUUUAGGGACUAUUGAUACUAAUACAAAUAAAGAAGAUGACAUUUAAGAUGAUCAAUUGUGUACCCGCACUUUGUAAAAAAAUCAUGUGUAUUUCCCCAGUGGAAAUGUGGUAUUGAUGUAGCUGUUUAGACAGCCUCUUUUUAUCAGUGAUUCUAACGAAUAGCCUAUCAAUUUGUUACAGGUAGCCUAAACACACAGGCAUGCCUUGCCUGGCAUGUGACGACACAUGGACAUGCCUUCUGCUGUGAUGACAACUGCUAUUUCUUACUUUGAUGCAGAUGAAACAAUAAUAUUUUACAUUUUACACUUCAUUUGCUUGUUCAUGAUUUUAGAGCUGUGAAUUAUUGAAACUAUAUUGACAAAGUCAGCCAUAUUGCAUGGCAGGCACCAUUUGACUUGUUUGGUCUCUUCAAUCCCAGAGCAUGCUUUGAGCUCAUUUCUGCAUGGCUGCAUAUGCACAUUCAUGAUCACUUAAUUGCUUAAAUCUUAUUUUCUUCCAAAAAUGCAUGACAUUUGGAAAUAAAAUGUGUUCUAAAAAAGUUCAAAAUGUAUGUAGCAGGAGAUAGAACGAACGGGUCGUGGACCGAAUUAAUUUCACUGUGAAUAGUUUUCUGAACCAAACCUUAACCUUACUGUGUUGGAGUGCCUUUCUGAGCAAACCUACAGACAGCUGGACUAAAGACAAACUGAACUACACUGUGGGCCAGUUUCCCCCUAGUCAUGGCUGACCUAAAAAAGGAAGCUCAAUGGGGAAUUGAAAGUGCUUUUUAGUCUACCACUAUAGGCUUAAUCUGGGUCAUGUAAACAGACAAUGUGUGCCAGUCAGACAGACCCUGAAGAUCAGAUUUAACCUUCUCCCUUCUUUACAUAGGGACAUCUCCCAAACUGAACUACACUGUGGGCCAAGGUUCCCCCUAAUCCUGGCUGAACUAAAAAAAACAAAGCUCAAUGGGGAAUCUCCAGACCCAGGCUUGUUUACCUCACGUUUAUAAAGCAGCGGCGCACGCGUCAGCGUUUUAUGGUUUACACUCGACAGGUUGAUCUGGAGUGGGCAAUAUCAGGAGUCAGCAGACCUGGGUUCAAAUACUACUUGAAAUCUUUCAAGCACUUUCACUGUUUGUUUUCACCUGCCUGGAGUGCCAGAUGGAUGGGUUUUGGGGUUUGAAUGUUUGUGACUAUUGAAUUGGUUCCACACCAGGAAAGCUCAAGCAAGCCUAGCAAAAGUAUUUGAAAUUAUUUCAAAAUAGUAUUUGAAUCCAGGUCUGGGAGUCAGGUGUGGAGCAUGUAUAGUAUAAUUACUUGGGAUCAACCUCCAUGUGUUCUUUGGCAUUGAUCUUUCUGCCUGUUUUAUUUCCUUGUUUGCACUUGUACCACACGGUAAAGUCUCCAUGUUCUCUCUGAGGGACCAAACACAUACAGUAUGUGUGAAUACCUGGCAUUGUGACUUCACUAGCAACCUGUUCCAACAUUAUACUCUUUCCGUUUUAUACUCUCUCCGUUUGGAAACGUAUAGUUUUAGCUCUACUGAUUUGAUGAUUCUCUAGCAUGUUUUUAAUGCAUUUUACUGCCUGCUGUCGUCAGUCCUGGGGAUCCCGUGAAACUAAGGUUGGAGGUAACUGAAAGCUGGUACUGAUGAGUAAUACUAGUGCAGGGAAAAAUAUCUUAUAACAUGAUGUUAUUGAAAUAUUUCAACUUUUACACAUGUUGAUUUUUGUCAGAUGAUUAUGAAUAUGUCAUGCCGUGAGAGUUUCCCUUGCCUCCGCAAACAAACAAUUACCUUCCACUCUUCUGGAGACUGACACUGGACUGAUUGAAAUAACAAGAUUAUUUUCCUUGUGGUUUGUCAUUUCAAAAUGGUGGGCUUUUGUUGUGGACGAUGCAAAAGAAGGAUACACAUGGGCCAACAGUUACUGCCUCAGUGAUGAUGAAUUGGACCAGAAGUUUCUUUCCUGGUUACAGUGCCUUGCAAAAGUAUUCACCCCCCUUGGCAUUUUUCCUAUUUUGUUGCAUUACAACCUGUUAUUUAAAUUAAUUUUUAUUUGGAUUUCAUGUAAUGGACAU